UGUUGUAGGUGCCACAUGCUGGGAUGUUGAUGUUGAUGUUGAUGUUUGUGUUGGUCUCAGCUGUCAGUUUGACACAUUUCACGCAUGUCACGGGGCGUGUGGUUGAUUGAGUGAUUGAAUGAAUGGGUAUAUAGUCACCUGUUCACCGCGGCGGCGGCUGCAUGGAGAGGGGGAUGACAGCAUACUGAAGACGUGAAUCAAAGAGAGAGGGACAGACAGAAAUCCGCCUGUCACGGUUAGCGGUGACAGUGCUGUGUGUCUUUCUCUUUCCUUGUGUGAAGACUUGACGCAGCUCUGCUUUAUCUCGCAUCUUGUGGUCGCAGACAUGAGCGGAAGAGUAGGAGACCUUAGUCCUAAACAGGCUGAAGCACUGGAGCAGUUUCGAGAGAGGAUACAAGAUAUUCUUCCUCAACUUCCUGCACAGCAUGACCAUUUCCUGUUACGAUGGCUCAGAGCCAGAAACUUCAAUGUCCAGAAGUCUGAGGCCAUGCUGCGGAAGCAUUUGGAGUUCAGAAAACAGAUGAAAGUAGAUACAAUAAUCACAGACUGGCGUCCACCAGAGGUGAUAGAAAAAUAUUUGUCAGGAGGGAUGUGUGGUUAUGACCGUGAGGGCAGUCCCAUCUGGUAUGAUGUCAUAGGACCUGUGGAUCCUAAAGGCCUCUUCCUGUCUGCCUCCAAGCAAGACUUCAUCAAAUCCAAGAUCAAAGACUGUGAGGUCCUGCAGAAGGAAUGUAACCUGCAGUCACAGAGGCUUGGGAGAAACGUGGAAUCAAUCACCAUGAUCUACGAUGUUGAAGGUCUGGGUCUGAAACAUUUAUGGAAACCUGCUAUAGAGACAUAUGGAGAGAUCCUCCAGAUGUUUGAGGACAACUAUCCAGAAGGCUUGAAAAGGCUGUUUGUCAUUAAAGCCCCUAAACUAUUUCCUGUGGCCUACAACCUUGUCAAGCACUUCCUGAGUGAGACCACGAGACAAAAGAUCCAGAUCCUCGGGGCUAACUGGCAGGAGGUUUUACUGAAGUACAUUGAUGCAGAGGAGCUGCCGGCGAUAUACGGGGGCAAACUGACGGAUCCUGAUGGAGACCCUCGCUGUCGGACCAGGAUAAACCAUGUCGGCCCAGUUCCCCCCUCCUACUAUGUGCGGGACCAUGUUAUGGUGAACUACGAGCAGUGUAUGACCGUCAGUCGAGGAUCCUCCAAACAGCUGGACUAUGAGAUCCUUUUCCCUGGCUGUGUUCUCAGGUGGCAGUUUGCCACACAGAGUGCAGACAUUGGUUUUGGGGUGUUUCUGAAGGCUAGAAAAGGUGAAUGGAAGAAGGCAGCUCAGAUGCAGGAAGUAGUGCCCAGCCAGCGUUACAAUGCCCACUUGGUGCCUGAGGAUGGAUCACUGACCUGUGAACGCCCAGGAGUUUAUGUUCUGAGAUUUGACAACACUUACAGCAUCUUCCAGGCCAAACGAAUCAGCUUCACUGUUGAGGUCCUGCUCCCUGACCACUUACAGUCCCCACAGGCCAACGGGGGGUCCAAAAACCACAUGCAAGCUGAGGGCAACAGCCAGUCAUAACCAAGAUAAUACAAUAUUCCACUUCCAUGUUGUCAGAUCUGUUAUGUUUAGCUGCCAAUAGUAAGCACAGCCUGAGAGACUUGAUUUGAACAGGAACCACAACAUGCUGCCAAAACACUGAAAAGUAUUUAAUCCAUGUCAAAACCUCUUUGACCGUUUAAUCAGCUUUAAUGUUGAUCUUAUUUACGUGCUGAUCCAUUUGAAAACAUUUAUAAAACAAAGUCAGUAUGUGAGUAAAGUAUGUGGACAUAGAUUGUGUGCACUAAGCCUCUUGUUGUGGAGAAAUUGCUGAAGUCAAAGGUCAAUGGUGAGGUCAGGAGAGAAGAAAGUGUUCAGGAGCCUCUGAUGUCUUAUGCUGUAAUAUUUAUUGAUGCUUGGCCAAGGAGAAUUAGAGACACUCUCAAAGUACAUCAGAAGGGCUUGAGUCGGUCUCACAUUCUGCCAAACUCAUGCUGGUAGAUAGACUUUAAACCCCAAAACACCACAAAUACCCAGAAUUAUCCAAAGAGAAUGUUUUUACCUAUGUUAGCGUUACCGUCAGCACAUACUAGUCUGGAGACACUGUUGUCUGUUUAUGUUAAAGAACAUGUCGAGGAAGGCAGCAACAGGUCUCUUCGACCCUGGCCACCACAGUGUUGAGAUAGACUGGCACCUACUGUUCCCAAUCAAAGCCAAACAACUAAUACUGCUGAGGACCUCAAGGCCCACACGUGACUUUGUGUAACCUAAGGAUAGAAAACACCUUGGUAACACCUCUUAACUCCUUAGUAGGAAUCUUAAUGCUUCUAAAUCUUAAUGUGCUUUGUGCUUUGAAAUCCUUUCAUGUUUCAAUAUGACAUGAACUUGGCUCUGUGCACAACAAAGUUCAUUAAUAAAUCAUUUUCUCAGUUUGGUGUUGAAGAACUUAACUGUCUACCUCACUGAUGCUCUUGUGGAAAACCUGAAACCAAAAGAAGAGCUGUUAUAGCAGUUUAUUAAUGCUCAUGAAUGAGAUAUUUAACAUCAUAGAAUAGGUGUAAUAUUUGGGUGUCCACAUAUGUCUGGUCAUGAUGUAGCUUUACAUUUAAUGUUCUGUUGGAACUUUUUAUUGCUGCUAAGAGAACCCAUGUUAACAAAACCUAAUUUAUAUUAAGUUUAGUGUUGCUCCUGAGGUUGCUGGUUGAAUUGGUAACAUUAUGCAUCUCCGUCUUAAAGGGGAACGCCACCUAUUUUACAUGUAAAUGUGUACUUACAGAUUUUGGGGGGUACUAUUGCAUAUGUAGAAAAAGUAGUAUAAGGCUUUUGAGGCUCCAGAGGGAGCUCUGUGGUGUCUGAUAAAUUGCCUCAAGUGAUGUCACUUGAGUCAAUGUUGGUUGGGACUGAAGAGUACAAGUUUGAAAGUUAUCUGGAGGUGUGGAAAGAAGUGAACUUGCACUACUUGAACUAGCAUUACACACCCAAAUUACGCAUAUAUAGAAAUGUUUCUAUAUCUAUGAAAUACUUGUCUGUUAUCAUGUUGCAUCGUGUGUAAUGAGGGCGCCACGUUUUGGAAGAAGAAGGUACAAAGGAGUACAAAGAUCCUCACUUAUGUGUUGACCAUUGACGGUUUUAAUUAAUGUUUCUCAUGUGAAAUGUUUCAAACAGGCACCAAGUGAAUCAGGCCAGUGCUACCACAGCCUGCUUUAAUGGUAUGACGUGUAAAAUAGACCAACACUCCUAUAAAAGUAGCACAAGAGUGAAAUAGUUUUUUAAUUUUCUAGUUAUGCAACAAAGAAUUUACAUUUUCUAUAAAUGUUUUUUUUUUUGUAUAUGUAUAUGGCAUACAUACUUGGCAUGACAAUCAGAAACAGUAUUUCAGCAAUUUAGUGAAUUUAUAUAAGAAUAAGUUUUGUUAGCAUUUUGGACAUUCAACAUGUCACAUUAAACAUUCCUUUAAUUCAUAAUUACACAUGUAAGGCUUAAGGAAUCAUUUGUAAGGAGUUUAUAACUUAAGUUGUAUCUUUACCUUUUGAAAUCUACUAAUCUUUAACAUUCAUUAUCGAUUGGAUGUGCCUUUAAUGGUUGUCUUUUUUCCCCUUGACAUAUUUGCAGGUAAUAUAUAUUUAUUUAUUUCCUCAUUUCUAAUUUACUUCCAGAAAGUAUAAGUCAGUUGAAAUUAUUAUUUAAUAUUAUCAAAGUAUUAAUGUCUACAUAUAUAUUAGAUUCAGUCAGAAAAUCAAUAUUUAUUUCAAGUAAGGUACAUUAAUAUAUAUAAUGUAUAAUAUAAAAAAUAUUCCUGUUAACUCAUUUGAAGUGAAUGUAAAAUGAAAAUAUGAAAUUAUGUCUCACCAGACAAUUAGUGAAUGUAGAUUGUGGCUGAUUUUUCACAUUAUUUCCAGUAUUUAUAUUGGAACAGCACUGAGAGACCUUUGCAACAAGUCCCAGGGAAACAAAGUAAGCUUACCGUCAUGGUCAUGCUGUCUGGUUUGCACAACUGCUGAUAAAGAUCUUUUCAUGUAUGAUGAAGAGAAGUGAAUAAAAAUAAAUGUGUUGACAACAGGCUUAUUUUAA